AGGUGGUUGGUCUGUGGUUGCCAGAGAUCAGAUGUUAAGGAUCAGUCAGAAACACAAGUCACCCUUUAGUCAGCCAAUGGAGAACAAGCCUGUUAGUUGAGUGGAGCCUGCCAAGCCUUUGUUUGUCGUGUGUGUUGAGGGACGCCCCUCCUAAGACAAUCAUGCACUUGCUGACACGAGCCCCUGCUUUGAGCUUAAAUAAGGGUGACUGAGCCAGCAGGCAGUCAUUACCUCUGUGCUUGACUCCGACCGACAUAGUCAUGCAGACCCAGCUCGGUGUACUGCUGCUGCUUGUCUCUGCUGUCAAAGUGAACGCGCUGCAGUGCUACACGUGCGACGCUCAGACCACCAAUAGUAAGUGUCAGACCCCGGCAGCCUGCAGCCAGACGGACAAGUCCUGCAUGACGACGGUGGUGAAUACGAUUGCGGGGUCGCUCACCCUGUCCACCUCCAUCACGAAGGCCUGCGCUGCCACCUGCUCGGCCUCCGAGCUCAGCAUGGGGAUGAUCUCCACGCGGGUGACCUGCUGUGCCACAGACCUGUGUAAUGCCAACAGCGCCACCACCAUGAGGCUCCAGCCGCUGGGCCUGCUCGUCGUACUCCUUCACUUGCACCUCUUCGCCAGUUUGGGAGCUUGAGCCGUGGUACCCAAGCAGAGCUGUUCGGGAUCCUUCGCAGGUUUGUCAGCCGCGGCGAGUUCACAAGAACGCUUUGUGUCAAAGCGGCUCAUCCAAACUGAAUGGCGGAAGAUAACUCUGAGCUGCACGUCAGCGCCAUCUGCUGGCUCGAAUUGGAAAUGUCCAGUCGGCAUUAAUUGAUCGAUCUUUCUUUCUUUGUACUCAGAAUAGUACCUCUAAUAAACCCUUCUAAAGUU